AACGAAAAUUUUGCCGGCAAACUGCGCGGGCGCGAAUAUUUAAAUGGUGGCGAAAUCCAUCAUCAUCUAUUAUUUCCCACGUUUUCCCGCCAUUUCCAGCCAUCAUCAUCUGUUUUAGCGUCGCCUUUGGGAUCCAAACUCCAACAAAAAUGGACGUUUCCGAGCUCGCCAAGAAGCUCGGUCUCUCCGAUUCCAAACUCCUCGUCCGGAAAGCUGCCGAGCUCCGUCGCCUCUGCGAUGUCCAGUUCGAUUCCUCCGUCAUUGGAGUCGGUGAGGUUGCAAAAUCUCUCAUAUGCUUGGAAAUCGCCGCCACUAGACUCGGCGUUCUCUUUGACCGAUCUUCUGCUGUGAGGCUCAGCGGAAUGUCCGAAAGAGCUUACAUCAGAUCCUACAAUUCUCUCCACAACGGCCUUGGUGUCAAGAUGAAAUUAGAUGUGAGGGAAUUGGCGAUUCAGUUCGGCUGCGUUCGCAUUAUCCCUUUCGUUCGUGACGGUCUUAAAUUAUAUAAGGAUCGGUUUGUUUCAUCAUUGCCGGCUUCUCGCCGUGCAAGUGCUGAUUUCACUCGUCCAGUGUUCACCGCGGUUGCUUUUUAUUUAUGUGCUAAGAAACACAAGCUUAAAGUAGAUAAACUUAAGUUAAUUGAGCUCUGUGGUACAUCUGAGUCUGAGUUUUCUAGUGUUUCUGCUACUAUGAAGGAUUUGUGCCAUGAUGUUUUUGGGGUUGCGAAGGAAAAGAAGGAUCCUAAGGAAGUGCAGUCAAAUCGAGAUUUGCUUGAUGUUUUGCCAAGUAAAAGGAAAGCUGAGGAUGGUGGUUAUUCAUCGGAGGAUGGUCCAGAGCUUUCAAGCUAUAAAAAAGCCAAGAAAAUGGAAAAACAUGAUUAUGAGAAAUGGAAAUCUUCUGUGCUUUCAUCCAAUAAACAAAAUAAGAAAGCGCCUUGCAAGCGAACCAGACAGACUAGUCUCAACUUUCUCAAGGAACCUUCCGAUAAUCAAGAGUUAGAGGCAAUUUGAGAUGGUAUUGCUAUGCUUUAUUAUCAAAGAUGAUUUUGGAGGAAGUUCAACUCAUUAAUUAUGAAAAAAAAAGGAUGAAGUAUGACAUCAACUGAUAUUGUUAUAGAAUAGAACUCAAUUUUGUUAGAUGUUGUCCUUUUUGGAUUUUCCAAAAGUUUACAGCAAGAACUCUCUGUACAGACUGGCAUUCCUUUUAUUAACUUUGUUGGUAUUUAUUUAGCUUCAAAA